AUGACCUCCCUGCCUGCACUGCUGCGCACGCACAGCGCGAGCUCCCUCCUGCACUCCAUGUUGCAAGCCCUGGGCGCCUCAUCAGGCACCGCUGGCACCCCCGCGGCCUGGACCCACCUGGCAUCCCUGCUGGAGCACCCAGCUCUACCUGCCACCGAGACCCUGCCCCUGAGCCUGGUCCCCAGCCUCACGGCUGCCCUCGAGAGCCACGAGCCCGGGGCACUGGCUGCCGGUCGCAUCGUCACCUGCCUCGUCGCCAAGUUUGAGGGGCGGUACCAUCCAGGCCUGGACUCCACAGCCGCCCUAGUGGCGGCCUUGUGGGCAGCAGGGGACCGGGGGGUCCAAGAUGCAGAAGCCGCUGAGCAGCUGGGCCUGGAGGGCGCCCUGUCCCUGGUGCAGGCUGCCGUGGUCUCCUCCAACAACUCGAAGAAGGUCUCGUCGGUGCUGCUUUCCAAGCUGCUGCGCCCCCUGUGUGAGAUGGCGUUUGCGCCGCCAGGCAGCGCAGCGGCUUGCGAACAGGUCCGGCGGUCGGCCCGGCGCCUGCUCCGGGCCGCCCUCUUCGACCCCGGGCUGCUGCCGGCCAUCAGCGACUGGGCCUCCGCCGAGGCCAAGACCUCCGGCUUCGCGGCGGUGGACGAGAGGGUGGGGGCGGGAGCGAGCAGCGCCAAGGCCAGGUCGGCCCCAGAGUCGGACAGGCCAGGGCCCGGCUUCAAGCGCAGCACCACCUUCAAGGACUUAUCGAGGCGGCUGAGGGACCUGCUGGGCAGCCAGGGGCUGGGGCCCGACCUGGCGGCCCAGACCCUGGUCUGGAUGCUCAGCGAGUACAGCCACGCCGUCCUGGGGUCCUCAGGCCGCGGCGAUGCAGGCCAUCGAGGCUCUGCCCAUGCCAAGGGAGGCAGGGAGGCCGUCGUCGUGCCCUUCACCUUCUACGCCGCCCUGGUCGGCAUCUGCUGGGGCACACCCGACCACGCACUGGGGCCCCUGGCAGCGCUGACGGCCAGCCUGGGCCCCAGCGGCGCCUACCAGCCCAGCCAGGAUGCGAGCAGGGCGCAACGUGGCCUGCUGUGCGCGCUGGGCUCGACGGUGCUCGGCCUGCCCCCCGCCGGGGAUGAGGGGUCCCCGCCCCCUCGCGCCGUGCUCCCCGUGCUGACCGCCCUGCUGGGCGUGGAGCACGGCGCAGUGCACCCGAGCUUGGAGGAGGUGCUGCGCCGCGUGGCCGCAGCCUCGCGCUCGCCCGAUGCGGCCGACGCGGCGGCUGCGGCGGCCGCGCUGGCCGCGCUCGUCGUGGCCGUGCUCGGCGCCGUCGCCGACGCGCUCGGCGCCUGGGUGGGGCUGGGCGCCGGCUCCGACCCGGGCGCCGCUGCCGUGGCCCUGGCCUGCCUGCGCUGCGUGCGCCCGGGGCUGGCCGCCGCCGUGCCCGUGGCGCGCGCCUGCGAGGCCUGCCUGGAGCCCCUCGCUCGCAACCUGACGCCGCUGCUGGGCGUGGCCCGCCCCGGCCCGGCGGGCGCCAUAGGCCUGGCGGCCAUGCUGCGCCUCUACUCCGCGCUGCUGGCGGUGCAUGCCUCCUGCGCCGCCCAGCACCCGGAGGUGGCGGCGCUGCCCGGGCAGGACGUGCGGGCGGACUCGCUGCCCGCUUUCUUCGCGGCGCUGCCGGGCGACAAUCCCACUCUGCCCGCCGGCCCCCUGCGCCUGCUGGAGGCCGCGGCCUCGGUGAAUCCGGCCAGCCAGCUGAGCCUGGCAAGUGGCGAGGCGCUGGCCGCGUGGAUGGCCCUCCUCCAUGACUGGCUCCUUUUCCAGGCCACCAGGCCUUCCGCGCCACCAGGCGUCCGUGAGCAGGCCGGCGCCGCGCUGACCGGCGCCUGCUCCGCGCUGGUGGCCGCCGCCGCGCGCUCGCCGGCGCUGGCGGCCGUCGCGCUCAAGGCGCCAGCCCCGCUGGAGGCGCACGCCACUCCAGACUGCGCGGCGCGCCUGGUCGCCUGCAUUCUGUGCGCUGCGGCGGAGCCUCGCUCGCCCUGUCACGACGCCGCUUUAGCCCUCCUCCAAGGGCCGGAUGCGGGGCUGUCAGGGGCGCUGGGGGCCGGGUUGGCGCCCGCCCUGGCGGCUCAGCUGCUGCGAGCGCUGCCAGCAGGCGGCCCCCUGCGCGGUCAGCUGGCGAAGAUUGAGGAAAGGGAGGGCCUGGACUCGCCGCGCUGGGCCCAGGCGGUGGCGAGUCUCCUCGCCGACUCCGGCGAGGGGGCCCCCGCCGUGCACAUGGCAGAGCUGCGGGGCAUGCUGCGCAUUUUGGGCUUGCUGCGGGCCAUCCCGGAAUCUCACGCUGCUGACGUGGCAGCGGUCCUCGUCAGCGUGCUGGCCUGCCUGCUUGCCACAGUGCCGGGAGGCGAGGCGCUGCAGGCAGGGUCUGCUGCCUCAGAGGAGGCUUCAGACUUGGUGCCCAGCGUGCUCAACACGCUGCAGGCCUGCUGCGCCUGUGACCCCGGCCUGCCCUGCACCCUGGAGUGGCGGGGCUGGCUACCACCGCUGGCCGCCGCGCUUGCCGGCCGCGCAUGCACCGAUCAGGUCGUGGCGCUCGCCGCUGCCUGCGUGCGCGCCGACAUGACCUCUGGACAGGGGGAUGGCAUCGAUUCGCGGCCCACCGACGGCGCCCCGCUGGACCACCUGGUGGCCGCCGAGCUGGCGCUGGCGGCGGUGGAGGCGCCGGCAGGCAGGGCGGCCACCGCGCAGCUGGCUCGGGACGUGGAGCCACUGGCGCGCGCCGCCUGCGCGCGCUUGCUGCCGGGCGGGGUGGUUGGUGUGCAAGCCAGCGAGGCGCCAUUGGGACAAUCAGCGCCUGGCGCCUGGGUGGCGCGCUGCGCCGGCGCCCUGCUGGCGCCCGAGCCUGAUGCGGAGCUCGCAGGCACGGGCCAUGCAGCGCGGGGCUCCGCCCCAGAGGCCGACGUGGUGGAGCGCUGCACCCUACUGCGCCUGCUGGAGUCGCUCGUGGCGCGGCCGCGCUUGCUCCACUUUGAGCCGCGCCUGCUCAGCCUGGUGCUGGAGGCGGAGCUGGGACAGCUGCUGCCCCUGCUGGUGGCCACCUGCCGGGCCUUGCUGACACGCUGCGCCACGCUCUGGGUCAUUGCCGGGGAUGGGGCGUCAAGGGGUGCGGCACACGCCGCGGCAGCAGUCAUGGAGCAGCUGGCUGGCAUCGAGAGCAUCGGCGCGUACCUGCCCCAGCUGCUGGCGGACUUCAUCAUCCUCGUGGCGGCCGACCCCUCGCGAGCGGCGUGGGCGACGCUGCAGGUGGAGCCGCGAGCCCUGCCCUGCCCACUGCGCAGCAGUGGGACGGGGCUGGCCCUGCGGGACGGGGCCUUUGCGCUCUACGGAGCCUGCUCGCCCAAGGAGCUGCAAUUCCUGUACCUCCUCCUGGGCAGGCCGCCCCAUGCUGCCGAGUGGCGAGAGGCGCUGACACAGCUCAGGACGGACUAUGAGAGCAUGUACAAGUAUUCGGGCAAGCACGCGGCAGCGGGGGCAGCUGCGGCAGCGGUCCUGCUGGCCGCCCCGCCUUUGGCCGGCGCGGCGGCCACUACCAUCCGCUUCCCCCUGCCCCCCUCCCCCGAGAUCUUCGCGGUGCAGAAGACCCUGAUCCAGGCCUGGAGCAUUGUGACCGAGGCCUUCGUUGACCCCCACUUCAAUGCCGUGGCCUGGGACGCGGAGCUGGCGUCCGCGCUGGCCGCGGCGUCUGCGGCGCCCUCCCCCGAGGCCGCCGCGGAGACCUUGCCCUCCCUCCUCGGCAAGCUGGGAGACCGCUUCACGCGCUGGGUCCCCGCCCGCGAGUAUGCCGACUUCCGCGUGGCCUCCGACGGCGAGCUGCAGGGUGUGGGCCUGCUCAUCGCCUCCGACCCGGUCUCGGGCCACCUGGUGGUGCUGGCCCCCAUCGCCGGCUCCCCCGCCGACCGCGCGGGCAUCCGCCCCGGGGACGAGGUGGAGCGCGUCGACGGCGCGCCCACCGACGGCUGGGACGAUGCCCGCGCGGCGCGGUCGCUGCGCGGCGCUGGGGGUAGCGCCGUCAGCGUCGGCAUCGCGCGGCGCCUGGACAACGGCGGCGCGGGCUCGCCGGGGCCGCGUGACAUCGUCCCCGGCGUGCCUGCCGCCCCCGCCGGCACCGGCGCGGCGGCGGCCAUGGAGCACCGCACGCUGCGCCUGCGACGCGAGCGGCUGGAGCUGUCCCCCGUCUACGCCGCAGCCAUGCACGGCGAAGACGACCGCACCUACGGCUACAUCCGGCUGGCGGCCUUCUCCCAGCACGCCGCCGCCGACAUGCUGCGUGCGCUGGGCACGCUGGGCCGCGACGGUGUGGACGGGUACAUCCUCGACCUGCGCAACAACCCGGGCGGCCUGGUGAACGCCGCCAUGGACGUGGCGGGGCUGUGGCUCGACCCACGCGCUCACCCCGUGGUGCUGCGCAUCCAGGACAGGGGGACGGGCGGCGAUCUGGUGGGCCGCGCGCGCGGGGGGGCUGCCGCCGCGGAGAUUGCCUCCGCGCCGCAAGUCAGCGAGAAGGCUGUGGUGCUGGACGGCGACCGGGGCCCGGCGGUCAGCGCCCCCCUGGUGGUGCUGGUUAAUCGCCAGUCGGCCUCCGCCUCCGAGAUCCUGGCCUCCGCGUUGCAGGACAACGGGCGGGCCACCGUCAUCGGCGAGCCCACCUUUGGCAAGGGCAAGAUCCAGAGCGUGUAUGAGCUGGGGGACGGCUCCGCCCUCUUUGUCACCGUGGCAAAGUACAAGACGGCCUCCGGCCUGGAGAUUGAUGGGAUGGGCGUGAUGCCGUCGCAGACGUGCAGGCCCAUCGGCUCCUCCCAGCCCACCUCCCCGGGCAUCCCCAUUGGCCCGGGCGCAGAUGCCCGGGUGAUGGAGGAGGUGGAGCAGGACUCGUGCGUGCUGACUGCGGAGCAGCUUCUGCACAGCGCCACCCGCGACCUCUCACUCCAGGCCCGCGCCACGGCCCGGGCUUGA